AAAUCGACGAGACGACGUAUUUGGAAGUUUGUGUAUGAACUAGCAUCCGAGGACCGCGUCAACAAACAAUUCAUCACUCAACAAGCAACACACAAUGUCAAUGGGUUCUCUGAGACUCUCAGACUCAUGGUCUGACUGAGAGAGACAACCUCCAAAACUUCAAACCCAGCUGGUACUGCUGCUGGCGGAGCUCUGGAGAGAGAGAGAGACAGAAAGCUCAAAGCUCAAAACAUGGCCGAUUCCAAAGUGGAGACAAUCUCCCGAUUAGCCCAAUGGAGGAUCGAGAACUUCGGACCUUGCUCUUACAAAAAGUCCGACCCUUUCCGGCUCGGAAUCUGGAAUUGGCAUUUUUCGAUAGAGAAGAAUCGGUACCUCUACAUUCGUCUGUUUCCAGAGCCGUCGCGGGUGUCGAAAGAACAGCCUCCCCUUGCUCGCUUUGUUCUCAGAGUCUCUAGCCCCGGCCCCGGCCGUAAGCCUUACAUCUCUCCUGUUCAUGAAAGACUGCUUCGUACAAGUGAAGACUUUGUCUGGCCUGUUGAUUCCACCUUCCUUGGUCGCUUCAUCAUUGAUGUUGAGUUUCUCGACUUGAAGAUGUGCCCUUUAAAUGGCGGGGAAGCUAGUCCUGUAUGGCCUGCUGAUGGAUUGAUGCAAUCCGUGUCAACCCAAAGCACUCUCCGGUGCCUCUCUCGCAUGCUUUAUGAGGGCAUCCAUGCUGAUGUUACUAUCAACACUGCUGAUGGCAGUUUAAGAGCUCACAAAGCAAUUCUUUCUGCAACUUCUCCCGUGUUCCAAAGCAUGUUCAGUCACGACCUUAAGGAAAAAGAGUCCUCCAUAAUCCACAUAGUAGACAUGUCCCUGGAAUCUUGCAUGGCUCUUCUAAGUUACCUCUAUGGAACCAUUAAACAAGAAGAUUUCUGGAAGCACCGGUUGGCACUUCUAGGUGCGGCAAACAAGUAUGACAUUGCAGACUUAAAAGAUGCUUGUGAGGAAAGCCUUUUGGAAGAUAUUAACUCGACGAAUGUCCUUGAGAGGCUCCAAGACGCCUGGUUGUACCAGCUGAAUAAGCUUAAGAAAGGAUGCUUGAUGUACUUGUUUGAUUUUGGAAAAAUAUAUGACGUGAGAGAAGAAGUAAGUAACUUUUUCAGGCAUGCAGACCGAGAAUUGAUGACGGAAAUGUUUCAGGAGGUGCUUACUGUUUGGAAGCCUGUGUAGGUUACCAUGGUAUUCUUAGUGUCAUGCAAUCAGGUGAAAGAUACAUGUAUAUACAUUUGUGAGUCCUUUGGUUAUAUGCAUAUAUGAGGAUGUUGUGAGCUCAUAAGAAAGUUGUUAGUUCGAAGUUUAGUUUUGGCUCUCAAGUGUUGUUUGAGUGAGAUAAUGUAUGUUGUUGAAGCCAAUCUUGAAUCUUGUAAUGAAUCUGCGUAUUUCUGUUUUGAAAGCUUUAAAAGCUAAGGGUUGUUAGAUAACCAUUUUAUUUC